AUGGCGCCUGGGGGCAACACCUCCUCUGGGGACCCCCAUGCCCCCGCGAGGCUCAGGGCAGGGCUCGGGCUGGGCCUCGCCCCUGCCUCUCUAACAGCCCUGAUGGUGGCGUGCGAGAAUGGCAGCGUGGAGACAGUGGAGGUUCUCAUCCACAACGGGGCCCGGGUCAAUCUCGUUGACGCUACGGGGCACGAUGCCGCCCACUACGGUGCCGCCACGGGCAACGCCCUCAUCCAGCACUACCUGCAGGAAGCUGCCCCCCGCCACUCUUGGGCUAGCGAGGAAUCAGCUGAAUUAUCCUCGCAGGCUUCUUCCCCGCGGCCAUCGCUGUCAAAGGGGAAGAACAGCAGCCCAAAGAAGAGGAAGGCCCCCCCUCCACCUUCCCAUGCCCCCAGCCAGCACGCCCCUCACCUGCCAGACCACGGUUCAUCUUCUGCCGAGCAGAGCAACCAGGUAGUCACUGCCAAGCCCACCAGGGGGCACUCCAUGCCACCAGAUGUGGGGGACCGCGAGGCUUACGAAGAAAUUGUGCGCCUGCGACAGGAGAAGACCCAGUUUCUACAGAGAAUCCGGAGCCUGGAACUGGAGAAACAGCAGGAGAAACAGAAGCAAGAGAGACCGGGCCUGGAGGAUGCCUCCGUACAUACUAUGGAGAAGCAGAUACAAGAUCUUCAGAAGCAACUGGUUGAGAAAACAGACGAGAAGGAGAAUUUGGUAAAGGAAUUGGAGAUGCUCCGGAGCCGUCUGUCAUCUCUGGAGAAUGAGAAGGAGAACACCAGCUAUGACAUUGAAACGCUGCAAGAUGAAGAAUUGCUGGAGUUCCCAGGUAUUGGGGGCGGGGGUCUAUGUCCUGUCAUCCCCUGCCCCAUUAAAGCUAAUGAAUCUCAAGCUCCACUGAAUUCACACUAG